AUGGCAAACAAAGCCGUCAUAGUGGGCAUAUCAGGCCCCUCAAGCAGCGGCAAAACAACCCUUGCCCGGCUCCUCCAACGCAUCUUCAACGGCACCACAACCCCAACCGCGCACUUAAACACCUUCAUCAUCCACGAAGACGACUUCUACUUCCCAGACGACAAAAUCCCCUACACAACCACCGCCUCAGGGGAAACAAUCCAAGACUGGGAUACCGCAGCCGCAAUCGACCUCCCAUUCCUAAGCCAGGCACUGCAAUACGUCCGCAAGAACGGGACUCUCCCACCCCGCCUCCGCAGCAAAGAAGACCAAAAUGACCGGACGGACUCCGGUGUUCCCGAAGCGACAAUCAGGGAACUAAGAAGUGUGGUUCAGAGCCGGAUAAAUGGAGUCGGGAGCAUUGCGUUCCUAGAAGGGUUUUUGCUGUUUGCGCCGCCGCAGGAGGAUCAUGUACUUCGUUCUGUGCAUGAUGCUAUUCAGCUUCGUGUUUUCUUGCCUGCGGCUUACGGGCUUGUUAAGGAAAGGAGGGAGGGGAGGAGUGGGUAUGUGACUGUUGGGUCUGCGCCUGUGCAGGAGGGGGAGAGGGAGGUUGGGAAGGGAGGGGAUGGGGAGAUUGAUUUGGAGGCCGAGGAUGAUAGGCCGCCGCAGAACUUUUGGGUGGAUCCGCCUGGGUAUGUGGAUGAUGUUGUUUGGCCGAGGUAUGUGCGGGAUCAUUCUUGGUUGUUGGUUGGGGAUGGGGAUGGUGUGGAGGGUGAAGAUGAUGCUGAGCUUGUCAGGAGGGUUGGUGAUGGGACGAGGGUCCGGACGGAUGUUGGGAUUGAGGUUGCCCCUGGGGCUGGGAGUGCUGAGAUGGAAGAUGUUCUUAGAUGGGCUGUUGACUUGGUUCUGCGGUUCUAUGUUGAUGGUCGACAAUGA